AGGAGAAUCGGCGUCAAACGCACGUCGCCGUCGCUCCCUGAAAUAUUAUUCUUCGUGAAUUGCGAAUUGGCGAUUGAGCUCGGUUUUGAAGAUUGUUACGGGAAUUGCUCUUCAACUCACCGGUAGCAGCGGCAGCAGCGGCAGCGGCAGCGACGAGGCCCAGGCAGGGCCCAAAGCCAAGAGAGCGGUGGUGGCUUUCGGGAGCGGCGACCGCCCCCUUAUGAAGGAGGAAAAGGAUUCUGGGAAAACUGCAAGGGCUUGUGGGAUGGAGGACGCCGGGACGGCCUCCGGUAGUGAUUGCGGCCCGGGCCGGAGCGGAGCCGGAAACCGCCGCAGCAGCAGCGGCAGCGGUGGCGCUCGCUUGAAGCAGGAGGACGCGGAGGCUCUCGAUGAGGGUGAUGACGCGCCAGGCCAGGUGGAAGAUGUGGCGAGUGGAGGGGAGGUGCCCGGUCGGACCUUGAGACGGAGACCCCAGCCGUGCUUCCACUACCAGGCGGGCGAGCCCUUCCACUUCCGACCGCGCAAGCAGGACAUCCUGUGGCUCAUGAAGCACGAGGCCGUGCCUCGGGCCCGCUUUCCUGAGCUGCGUGCGCCGCCCUCCCCCGCGUUGUCCCUUCUCGCCCAGGAGAAGCGGCAGAAGCGUAUGGCCACAGAGCCCUCGGGGGUCCGGUUCCGGCCUCGCCGUUCCGUCUCCAGGCCGCCGUCGGCGUCGCUCGGCACUCCGCCACCACCUCCCGACGACGACGACAAUGACGCCGACGACGACGAAGACGACGACGACGACGACGUCACGGUAGUAAACCCCGUGCCAAAGCAGCCGCCGUCACCGCCAGAUUCAGACGCCUUCCCGGAGGACGCGGGGCGCCCGCCCGAUCCCGCGGAGUGCCGUCGUCCGGAGCGACCGCGAGAACGGUCGCGCGUCACUUCGUCGGCGCUGCCCUCCCAGCUGCUGCUGAUGAGAGCGCAGAUCGAUUUUCCACCUCCUGCUCCUCCUGCUGCCGCCGCUGGUAGCGCCGGCGCGUCUGUCGGUGCUUCCGCACCGACAGUUCCUCCCUGCGAUCUCCGCGAGGGGGAGCUGCCCCACGUGCGCACGGCGACGCGCGCUGGCAAGCCGUCUCCUGCGCCUCCUCCGCUCCUCCCGCCGCUCGCUCCGCCGCUGCUGGUGCUCAAGCGCGACUCCUCCUCCCCGCCGCCCGUGACGCCGGCGCCGUGCCUCCCGCCGUCGGAGGCGCCCCUGCUGCCCAUCGCGGCGAAGCUGGAGUUCCCCCUGCCCGGCGAGGCACCCGCACCGCCGACCCCCGACCUCGUGUUGCUCGUCCCGUCCAAGAAGCUGUCGCCCUCCCCCAGCGAUGGCAAGGCGGCGAGGGCCGAGCUCUCGCCGCCGCCGACGCUGCCGCUGGCAAAACCCGACGGCAAUCGGCCUCGCCUGCCCACGUGUCUCCUCCCGGCCGCCGUCAAAACCGCCGCCGGCGCCAGGAAAAUAUCGGUGCCCUCUCUGAAGCCGAAGCCCCGGGCGGUCGCGCUGUCGGAUGACGACGACGACGGCGAUGACGACGACGAUGGGGCUGACACGGACGACGGUGACGCGGAGGACGAGGAGGACGCGGCGGUGGAGGUGAUCUCGGACGUGAGCGACGUGCUGGUCCCGCCAAGGGGCAGUCCCGACGUGGAGCCGCUCAGGGAUUCGGAUGGCUCGGCCGCCCCAGAUGCCGAGAAUGCGGAGCGCGAUGCGGCCAAAACUCCUGGAGAACAGCAGCCGCAGGAGCGCGGCUUCGCUGUGGGCGAGCUCGUGUGGGGCAAGAUCCGCGGCUUCUCGUGGUGGCCUGGCGUCCUCGUGUCCUGGGAGGACACGGGCCAGUGCUGCGCCGCCGAGGACACGCGCUGGGUCUGCUGGUUCGGGGACUGCAAGUUCUCGCUGGUGGCCGUGGACAAGCUCAUGCCAUUCAGCCACUUCAAGGAGAACUUCAACCAGCAGACCUAUGCCAAGAAGCUGGUCUACAGGAAGGCCAUUUACCAGGCCCUGCAGGUGGCGAGCCAGCGUGUCAACAAGGUGUUCCCGCAGCCGGAGGAGAGCGACACGGAGCCCGGGCUCUCGUUGGAGGAGCGCAUCUCUCCCAUGAUGCACUGGGCCAUGAGCGACUUCCCCCCCAAGGGAGCCAAGGGGCUCGUCCCUCUGCCCGAGGAGCUGGAGUCGAGCAAGCGCAAGCUGCAGGAGAUCCACCUCUUCGCUGAAGAGAAGCGUCGCUCCGCCAAGCGCCAGAAGCUGUGCGCCGCCAUCGAGUCGUUCGCCCUGCUGCCUCGAGAACAGAUCAUACAGGAGGUGCAGGAGGACAUCCGGACUAUUGAGGAGAUCUGCCUGUCGUGCGGCAGCCCUCGUAUCUGUGCCCAGCACCCGCUGUUCGAGGGAGGGAUCUGCCAGAGCUGUCAGAUCACCUUCAUGGAGUGUGCGUACCAGUAUGACGAUGAUGGGUACCAGUCCUACUGCUCCAUCUGCUGUGGCGGUCGAGAGGUGUUGAUGUGCGGGAACAUCAACUGCUUCCGGUGCUUCUGCGUGGAGUGCGUGGAUCUGCUUGUCGGCUCCGGCACGGCCAAGACGGCCAUCGAGGAGGAGCCGUGGCGCUGCUUCAUGUGCCGGCCCUCGCUGGCCACCUGCGGCCUCCUCAACCCGCGGCCCGACUGGCCCGCUCGCCUCCAGCACCUCUUCUCCAACACCCACAGCCAGGAGUUUGAGCCCCCGAAGCUGUACCCACCAAUCACGCCAGACCACCGCAGGCCGAUCAAAGUGCUGUCCCUCUUUGAUGGGAUUGCCACAGGGCUGCUGGUGCUUAAGGAACUGGGGAUCCGCGUGGAGCGCUACGUCGCCUCCGAGGUUUGCCAGGACUCCAUCAACGUGGGAACCGUGCGGCACGCCGGAGACAUCACCUACAUCGGGGACAUCCGCAACCUCACCUACAGCAACCUGCAGAAGUGGGGCCCGUUCGACUUGGUGAUCGGCGGCAGCCCUUGCAGCGACCUCUCCAUUGUCAACCCCGCGCGCAAGGAGGGCACGGGGCGACUCUUCUUCGAGUACUACCGGCUGAUGAACGAGGCGAAGCCACGCGAGGGUGAGGAGCGGAUCUUCUUCUGGCUCUUCGAGAACGUCGCCGCCAUGGGCAACAACGACAAGCGCGACAUCUCCCGCUUCCUCGAGUGCAACCCAGUUAUGAUCGAUGCCAAAGAUAUCUCAGCCGCCCAUCGCGCCCGCUACUUCUGGGGGAAUCUUCCGGGCAUGAACAGACCCCUGGCGGUCACUGCGGUGGACAAGCUGGAGCUGCAGGACUGCCUGGAGCACGGCCGCACGGCCAGGUUCAGCAAGAUCCGGACCAUCACCACACGCUCCAACUCCAUCAAGCAGGGCAAGGACCAGCACUUCCCGGUGAUGAUGAACGGUCGGGAGGACAUCCUGUGGAGCACCGAGAUGGAGAGGAUCUUCGGCUUCCCCGUGCACUACACGGACGUGUCCAACAUGAGCCGCAUCUCGCGCCAGCGGCUGCUCGGCCGCUCGUGGAGCGUGCCCGUCAUCCGCCACCUCUUCGCCCCGCUCAAGGACUACUUCGCCUGCACGUCUUGAGCGUCUCGAGUGGACGUCGCGCUCCAUUCCGCCCCACGACGGCCCCCUCCGCGGUUAACCCGGGCCGCGCGCGUGCGUGGUGUUGGGUGGACGAGCGGAGGAAGGGGGGGGGGGGUUGCCCAGCCCGUCAAAGUUCUCCGUGGCCUCCGCGGCCACCACCGGCCCCCCACUGCCCCCCUCCACCCCCCCUCUCUCACCCACCCCACGCCGCCACCGGCCAUCAGUCGCCGACGUGCCGUGUUGAGCGUGGUUCGGGGCCGCCCGUUUUUUGUCGAAGGGGAGACCAGGCCCCAGGUAGGCUUCGUGCAAUAGCUGAGUUCGUUCGGCCGACGUGAGUUUGUGCAAUCUGCAUUUACGGAGAGCACGAGUCGAGUCUGAGAGGAUUGAUCGGCAGCGUGGAAUGGAAUGGAGCUCAAUUCCUGCUUAAACGUUACAGAUCGUUGCGAAUGAAGGACAUUUUCAAACGCACGGGUGUAUUUGAAAUGAUCUAAAGGAGGACAAAAAAAUAGUAAUUGCGAGGACCUUUAAAGAAUAAAAAUGUGGUGUUCCCCAGGGUUCCGGUACAAGAUGAGUGGCAUUUGGUGGGGCUCUGCGCCACCAAAUGCCACUUUGGCCCCCCAAGUUCACUCCCCUGCGCGGUGCAUCACUGUUAUGGUGUGGCCCCUCCACACAGCCGCUCUACUGAGCCCCCCCCCCCCCGGUCGAAGUUGAAGCAGGCCCUGUCUCUUGCAGGUGAGGCCGUGUGUUGAGUAUUUAGUUUUUUUUUCAAGCUUUCGCCAACGCACUACUGGGGGGGAGGGGGGGGGGAGCAUCUUCAGGCGAGUUGAAGAUGCCCUGAGCAGUGCGCGGCUCAGCUUGCAAGCUUGUGGGACCUCCUCGGUUAUUGAAGGGGGAACGGUUGAAGAAGCCAGCAGUAGUGCGUGGAGAAAGCUCGAGGGAAGAAACGCUCGCGACACGGCCCUCACCUGCAAAGCCGUGCCCAGGAUUAUGCGUCGCUUCUAAAAGCAACGUCUGCGCCGUUUAAAAAUAACCAAUCGCUCAGAGUUUUAUCGACAACUUACGAGUUGUCAGGACCACCCGUGAGUCGAUCGUCGCCGGUAACAAUUAUCAACACUAAAUAAGUAAUGACAGGGUUAAUAAUUAAUUCGUUUCGUCAUUAGCAUCAUCAAGACUACUGGACAUCGUCAUGCUUACCUGAGCCACGUAACGGCUGCAGUGCGAGCCAUUGAUGGCGUCACGAUGGCUUUGUUGAAUGGUUGCCCGUUGAUGUCAUCCUGGCAGCAGAUCGCCCUGUGGUGUCGUGGGCCUAAUGACGUAAUGCCCGACAGCAACAUCUCUUAAGGACAAAGUGAGUUACGAUCUCACCAUAGCGACACCCAUACUUAAGAGUCGUGUUCCUUUACGAUAUUUAGCAUCGUAUUACAAAUUGUAGCCUGCCGGACUUACGGCGAAAUGUUCUGUUAUCUGGUCCCUCGGUCACACCUGGCCACAAGAGGCCAAUUUAUAAGCAGGGUGGAGGAUGCUUCCUUUGGCUGGUGUCCGUUUUGCGUUCGAAACAUCACGACGACCGAUCGAUCGCGCGAUGACUUUUUUCGUCCUCCUUCAGCGUGAUUUCAAAAAGAUCGCCGUCUUUAUAUCCAGCUGGAAAAGUAAAAAAAAAACUAAAACGCUGACGCAGCGACGAAGUAUAACGGAAUAUAUUUAUAGGAUCGUGGUGUAAAUGAUGUGUGAAAAUGGGCUUGAUGGCAAUAUUUUAUAUUCUUACUUUAGUUGCAACAAGAAAUUAACUAAAGGCAAAAAAAAAAUAGUGUUUUUAUAGUUGAGUGAUGGUGCAAUACUGUCUGGGGCGAUAGCAGUGUCUGUAGAUGCUGCCUAGGCCACUUUUUUUGAAGUGGCCUUUCCAAAAAGAAGAAAUACCAUCCACUCCGCGUGCACAUCCGACAUCAGCAGUGGAAUGUCCGCCGUGGAGGAGGAUGGAGGUCGCACUAAAACUGCCCUUUGGCUCGUGUCACUUUAUCGUGUCUCUUUAUCUGUCGGCAUCGCGUCUUGCAGAGGGUCGUUGGGCAAAUUUAGUUUUCUCGAAGUUUCACAAUUUUUAAGAAAAUGUGUUGUUUUUUUUCUCCUCAAACGCCGUGACUUUUUUAACUUGCAAACGAUAUUCAUUUCACCGCGAGUAUUUCUCCUUGGCUAACAUCCGCGGGAGGUUACCGCCGGCGGUGGUAUUUGUACACGACAGUUUAACAAAAAAAAACGGAGCCUGCAGUCUUGAACACCAGCACCUGCCUGUGGUUUGUACGCAAGCGUUGUACCAUUAAAUUUUCAUCAUCAUUA